AUAACGGUGACAUAUUCAGGAGAAGUCUCUCUUGCUUGCUCUGUUUAGUAGCUAUAAAAGAAACUUCGUGAGAAGUAAGCCAGUGUAUUCUAACCGUUACGGCACCAUGAAGCAUUUAAGACUAGUGGCAAUUUUGAUUUGCGUCCUUGGCGCUCAGGCGGAACCAGAACGCACACCACGUAUCAUCAAUGGACACACCGCUCCCGGUAUUGUCGGAUAUCACGCAUUCAUUGCGUACAUGAACGAAGAAUUCGCAGGAUUCUUUGGGGGUGGUACAAUCAUUUCCGAUCGGCACGUACUGAGCUCGGCCAAGAUCAUCCAUGGAUGGUUCCAGUGGGAGAUACGUGUCGGAAGUAACGUCUUUGUGGAGCUGGAGCGAAUCACCAUGAAGUCGUACCAUGCUGUAACGCAUCCUCAAUUUGACUUCCAUACUUCAGUUAACGACAUCGGCAUUAUCUACCUGCCGGAGUCUCUGGAGUUCACACAGAACGUCUACCCGGUGGCACUUCCGGACCUGAACCCUGACCGGACGAAUCUUUUACCUUUGAAAAACGAGGAAGGCACAAUCGUUGGCUUUGGGUACACAACUUCUGCUGCCAUAAACCAUUCGGACCUCCUGAUGCGAGCCUUCCAGCGAGUGAACUUCGAUGCCGGCUGCGAGGUGCUGUACGGGAACCAAUCGCCAGAGAUUUAUUUCUGCGCCAGAGACAACGAGCAGUUCGCCAACAUGUGUCUUGGGGACGUCGGUGGCGGGUUCGUUACUUUGGUCCGUGGACGACCGACCAUCACCGGUAUUGUGUCGUACGUCAGAGAAAUAUGCGAAACGACAUAUCCAACGGGCUUUACCCGCGUCGCUUACUAUCGGGACUGGAUCAGACAUGUGACGCAGCUGUAAAAAAGUAGUGCAAAUAUUUCAUUCGUAGAGCUAACUACUCUUAACCGAAUAAUGGGAAAUGAUUACUUGAAUAAAUAUAUUGAAAUACCUA